AUGUCCGGUAUCAUUAUCACCUACCUCAAUUAUGUAUUCGAUCGUCAGCUGUUCUCGUCAAAGGCCACCAACCUUGCUUUGAAGUCUCUGCGAGAUCAUGGAACUUCCGAUUUUAACGUAGCCGGGGUCCUUGCCGAGGCAAACCGACUUCGGUUCAAAUCCGAGAACCAAUUCAAGUUUCGGGACUAUGCAAAUGCCCAUUGGUCAUUUCACGUUGCUCGAUCCCUCCCAUUUGAAAUGACACUGGAUGCUUUGUUUCAAAAGCUGUGCCGCUAA